AGAGUUGGAGAUAGCGACAAAUGGAGGCCCUUCCUUCCAAGUAAGGUAUCCCCACUCUUCAAGUCAUCUCACACUCAUUUACUUACACUCUUCGUCUUCUUUCAUUUACUCUCUCUCUCUCUCUCUAAUGCUAUGCACAGAGCUCGUACUCUGCCAUGGCAUUGACGGGCGUCAAAGCUUUCACCCUCUCUUUCAUCCUAUCUUCACUCCUCUUCUCCCUCCUCUACCUCCCCACCUACCUCAGAACCACUCCACUCCCCAUUUUCCGGCCAACCAAACCCUUCAUUGCUCCCAAAUCCGGCGACCCAUAUCCGGCGACCUUCGCCUACUUGAUCUCCGCAUCCAAAGGCGACGCCCAGAAGCUCAAGCGCUUGCUACUCGCUCUCUACCAUCCCGGCAACCACUACUUGAUUCACGUGGACUUCGCCGCCCCUAAGAGCGAGCACGCCGAGAUUACCAAGUUCGUCUCUGGAAACCCAACUUUCCGGCGGGUGGGCAAUGUCUGGAUCGCUGGGAAACCCAACCUGGUGACCUACAGAGGCCCGACCAUGGUUGCCACUACCCUCCAAGCAAUGUCACUGCUUCUCAGGAUUUGCAGAUGGGACUGGUUCAUCAACCUCAGUGCCUCUGAUUAUCCCUUAGUUACUCAAGAUGAUCUGAUUGAUGCUUUCUCUGGGCUGCCAAAGGAUCUGAACUUCAUACAACACAGCAGCCGGCUGGGAUGGAAACUGAAUAAGAGAGCAAAGCCAAUAAUAAUGGACCCAGCUCUUCACAGCGGCAAUAAAUCAGACAUCUGGUGGGCUGUCAAACAGAGGACUCUUCCCACUGCCUUCAAGCUCUACACUGGUAUACAAAUUCAAGCAAGGAGGUGGAUAUGGUACUUUCGCCCGACAUUUGCAAACAAAGCACCCGCUCAAGGUUGGAUUGAGCCGCGAUCAAACACAAAUAUCCGGGUUCAGCCUGGACAAUCCUGUCCAGAUCAUUUGCCGAGUACUGCAUUGUGGGCUGGGACAACCUGCCCAGAACUCUCCUCCUCUACUACACCAACUUCGUCUCCUCGCCGGAGGGCUACUUCCAGACGGUGGCAUGCAACUCUGCCGACUUCAGGAACACCACCCUCAACCACGACCUCCACUACAUCACUUGGGACACGCCCCCCAAGCAGCAUCCCCGCUCCCUCGGCCUCAAGGACUACCGGAAAAUGGUCCUCAGCAACCGCCCCUUCGCACGCAAGUUCCGGCAGAACGACCCCGCCCUCGCUAAGAUCGAUCGGGAGCUUCUCAAGAGGCGCCCGCGACAAUUCGCGUACGGAGGAUGGUGUUCCAAGUCCAACGAUGGGGUUAAUGGCCGCGUACGUACUAGUAGGUGCGAGGGCUUGAAGAGCUACAAGUAUGGCGUUUUGGAGCCUGGAAUUGGAUCAAGAAGGCUCAAAACCCUGCUUACAAAGCUGGUGUCUGCGCACAUUAACGACUCCAAUAAGCGGCAGUGUAGAUGAUACCAUUUUAGGUUAUGAAUCAUCCAACAUCGAUGCCAGUGUAGUGUGCAUUAGUAUUCUAUAUAUAUAUAUAUAUAUAUAUCUAGCUAGGCUAGCUAUGACUAUGACGGGCAAUAACACACUCCAUAUAGUUAUUUUAUAUUUUUUUAACUAUGAUAUGUGCAAUUAUUAAUAUUUUUGUUAAAGUUUAGAUGACAAUAAACCUUUUGAAUAAUCAGUGCUGUACUUGGUUUUAGUUUUUUUAGAAAAUAAUUCAAAAUGAUACAAA